AUGCCGAAAUUCUCGUUGUAUACGAGGCUCCGUGCAGCUGACGAGGAGGCCGUCAAGGACCGGCUGCGUGCGCGGCUCGUGUGGCUUUUGGUCGUGCUGGAGACGAUCUCCAUUCUUUGCUUUCCUCAGGUCGCGACCCUCACGCACGGCGUGUUCUUUCUGAUCCCGCUUGGGGCGCUCUUGCUUGCUGCCGCAAUCCGCCUGCACUCCAGGCCUCACAUCCUGCUGGCCGAGCCACUUUGCAUCCUUUGGCCUGACAACCAUUCCAGACAUGGCCUGGCCCGCGAGCAAGCGCCCAACCUGUGCUUCUGCGGCUUCGUGUGGGCAUUGAAGCUUGUGUGCUGCUUGACGUUCUGGGCGAACCCGGCUGCCAUCAGCCUGCUGGGGGACAGCUGCCCUGCUUCCGUCCCACAGGCAAACUGCAGCCACUACGACCGAGUAGAUUGGUCUGGCAGAUGUAUGGACGUACAUCUCGUAGUCGAGCCGAGUGCUACCAAGCGAACACGCCUUUAUGAAAAACAAGACGGUGCCUGCUGGAAUCAGUGCUCUUGCCAUGGUUGUGGGCCAAGCGAAGGGAUCUCAGCUUCCACUGGGCUUCGCUAUGAGAUUCAGAGCUGUUCGAGUCCGUGCGAGUUAUCUUGCUGCCAGUGCAUGCACUGCCACCUUUCUUCCACCGUGCCUCUUUGGUUACAGAAACAAUGCAAAGAUGGAGUUUUUGCUCCAGAACUUGCAGAAGAGCUGUUUCACCGUUUCGCGAGUGAGACGCCUCUGCCGUAUUUUGAAGCGCAGACUCUCAGCUUCGAAAACACUAUGUUCGCGGAACUGUCUCGAUGCACCUUGGUCCAUGGAGACAAGUCUCCGGAAGUCAAGGUUGCGGUGGCUGUAGUCUCUGCGUUGCAGUGCUUGCCUUUGGCCUCUUUGGUGGCUUGCCUCUUGCUGAGCAUCUUGCUGCAUCUGCUGAAGGACGGAAGUGCCUCUGUCAUGCCGGGUGCUGUCCCCAUGGACCUUGAGACCAUUGAAGCCAUCGAUGCAAAGGCAGCGCAGUUGCAAGACCAGAUCGCGCGCAGAAGGUUGGAAUCCUCGCCAAAGGUGAGAUUCCAGCUUUGGAUGGAGUUUGUUGUUUUCCUGCUGGACUACCUGUCAGACUACAAUUGCCUCCUUACUUUUUUCUUGGCGGAAGCCUAUGGUGUGGCAGCUGUGCAGGCUGUCAUCAUCGUUGCUCCGGUCGUCUUAGACUGCUACCGUGGUAAGAUACAGCUGGUCGAAGUCUUCACCGGGUUCAUUCAAUCACGAAAGCGGGGCUUCCCUACCGACGACUUCAUGCUGGCGCUUCGCUCCGAGAAGAGCCUGGAGGCCCCGCUGUCGAUGUUGCUGCAGUUUUACAUGCUCUUGCGGACCACAAGCCCCUGGUCAAUCUGGAGCCUUUGCAUCUCCAUGCCGCUGAGCAUCCUGGGCAUUGCAAAGCAUGUCCAUGCAACCUUUGAGCUUCAAAUUUUGGAGGUGUUGACACGACGUCCAACCCAGCACAGCCAGCCCGAGCUACAGACCACACCCCUGGCGACAGCGCAAGGCGCCAUGCAAGGCUCCCCUUGUCCGCCAGAUUCCACCCAGGUCAUUCCGGACCUGCCUCCAGGCAUCGCACCACGCGCCGAGCCCCUUCCGACCCUGCCUCCAGGCAUCGCGCCCCGUGGCGCACUUCUUCCCAUCAGUGUGGGGAACUCAAAGGUGAAAGCCAAUUGGUUGGCAUGCUGCGUUGUCGUGCAAAUGUCCCUCUUCUGCAACUUUAAUAGUUCCGCCGUAGCUGUUUGGUCUGCAAUGGCAGAGCCCGCCACGGAAAUGAGCAAUGCUUUUGUCUCGGCACGUCGUAUGCCAGAACACGUUCCAGAAAAGCUUCAGAGGUACUGCCAGCCGACACCGAAGGAAGCCCUGGUUCAAGCAUAUCUGGCUACCGUACGGCAUUGCGGCUUCCCAGCUGAAACUCGCCGCCGUCGCGUUAAGGACCUCAAGCCCAAAGACCUGCGACAGGACGUCCCGGAGCCUCCCCUCCUCGGCGACAGUCAUCCACGGGUGGAGAGCGAGGCCCGGCUGGCAAAAACGCUGUUGGUUGUGAUGUCGGUGAUCGUGAUGGUCAGUGAAAGUGGUGGUCUAGUGUCGUGUGCAGCCGCCAAUCCAAUCCUCUUCGUCCAGAUCGGGAGAAAGGCGGAGUGUGGGAUUUGGGGCUUGGGGCUUUUGGUCGUGCUGGAGACGAUCUCCAUUCUUUGCUUUCCUCAAGUGGCGACCCUCACGCACGGAGUGUUCUUUCUGAUCCCGCUUGGGGCGCUCUUGCUUGCUGCCGCAAUCCGCCUUCACUCCAGGCCUCACAUCCUGCUGGCCGAGCCACUGUGCAUCCUUUGGCCUGACAACCAUUCCAGACACGGCCUGGCCCGCGAGCAAGCGCCCAAUCUGUGCUUCUGUGGCUCUGUGUGGGCAUUGAAGCUUGUGUGCUGUUUGACUUUCUGGGCGAACCCGGCUGCCAUCAGCCUGCUGGGGGACAGCUGCCCUGAUUCCGUCCCACGCACGAAUUGCAGCCAUUACACACGACCAGCGGAUGGAAGUCGCCUAUGCAUGGACAUACAUCUCCUUUUCGAGCCACGAGAUGCCAACCGCAAAGGCCUGCAUGAACAUGUGGGCGGUGCAUGCUGGGAGCAGUGCUCUGGUUGUGCACCUUGGGAGAGGAAUUACAAUUACAAUAUCCAUCAUGGCACUGUGCUCCUUCAGAGUUGUGAUGAGCCGUGCAGAUUGUCUUGCUGCCAGUGCCUGCAUUGCUACCUUUCACCCACCGUGCCUUUCUGGUUGAAGCAAGGAUGCAGUGCGGAAGCAUUCGCGCCAGAUUUUGUUGAGGAGCUUUACACGUGCGCAGGUGGUUGCUAUCUUCCGACGCGUAUUUCGUACUAUGAAACGCAGACGCUGAGCAUUGAGAAUACUAUGCUUGCGGAACUGUCUCGGUGCACCUUGGUCCAUGGAGCAACGUCUGCUCAAGUCAAGAUUGCCGUGGCUGUAGUCUCGACGUUGCAGUGCUUGCCUUUGGCCUCUUUGGUGGCUUGCCUCUUGCUGAGCAUCUUGCUGCAUCUGCUGAAGGGCGGAAGUGCCUCUGUCAUGCCGGGUGCUGUCCCCAUGGACCUUGAGACCAUUGAAGCCAUCGACGCAAAGGCAGCGCAGUUGCAAGACCAGAUCGCGCGCAGAAGGUUGGAAUCCUCGCCAAAGGUGAGAUUCCAGCUUUGGAUGGAGUUUGUUGUUUUCCUGCUGGACUACCUGUCAGACUACAAUUGCCUCCUCACGUUUUUCUUGGAGGGAGCCUAUGGUGUGGCAGCUGUGCAGGUUGUCAUCAUCGUUGCUCCGGUCGUCUUAGACUGCUACCGCGGUAAGAUACAGCUGGUCGAAGUAUUCGGUGGCUUCAUUCAGUCACGGAAGCGGGGCUUUCCUACCGACGACUUCAUGCUGGCACUUCGCUCGGAGAAGAGCCUGGAGGCCCCACUCUCGAUGUUCCUGCAGUUCUACACGCUCUUGCGGACCACCAGCCCCUGGUCAAUCUGGAGCCUUUGCAUCUCCAUGCCGCUGAGCAUCCUGGGCAUUGCGAAGCAUGUCCACGCCACAUUUGAGCUUCAGAUUCUGGAGGUGUUGAUGAGACGUCCAACCCAGCGCGAGCUACAGACCACACCCCUGGCGACAGCGCAAGGCGCAAUGCAAGGGUCCCCUUGUCCGCCAGAUUCCACCCAGGUCAUUCCGGACCUGCCUCCGGCCAUCGCACCACGUGCCGAGCCCCUCCCGACCCUGCCUCCAGGCAUCGCACCAGGUGCCGAGCCUCUUCCGACCCUGCCUCCAGGCAUUGCGCCCCGUGGCGCAGUUCUUCCCAUUAGUGAGCUUGAGCCCAAACACCUGCAACAGGACAUCCCGGAGCCUCUCCCCUCCUCGGCGACCGACAGUCAUCCACGGGUGGAAAGCCAGGUGCCUCGCGACGGCGGACUGCAUCAGUACAAAGCCUGCUGGUCGACGGGCGAGCUGCUGACCUGGGGUCUCUUCGAGGAGCUGAGCAAGGUGGGCUUCCUGCAGGGGGCCGUCGGGGGCUUUGCGACUUCCCCGGAGCUUCCCACCACGACGACCACCUCUACAGUGAACCUUGCAGAACUUUUCCGACAGCAUGCCGGCCUCUACGAGGACAAGUCUCGCGCACCGGAAUUGGGCCACGUGCUUCUGCUCACGGCGGCGAACUCCGGGUAUGUGGACAUGCUGGAGAACUGGGAGUGCUUUGCUCGGAAGCUCGGGCUGGAUUGGCUCGUGAUCGCCAUGGACGACGAGCUGCAUCGAAGGAUGCCGAACAGGAGCUUCCCGUCCAUUGGGCAGCACUAUGAAGGCAAUGCCAACUUUGGCAGCAACGGCUUCAUGGUGGUUGCCUGCAACAAGCUUCGGUCAGUACUCUACGUGCUUGCCACUGGGCUGUACGACGUGGUUUUCACGGACAGCGACAAUGUAUUCAGGAGCGACCCCUUUGCGUCCAAUGUGUCACUGGGGAGCAUGAUGCGCGCCGGGACCUACGACUACGUCUAUGGGGUGAAAUUCCUGCCUCCUGGCAUCAAGCCCGGUGAUCACUUCGGCGAGAAGAGUGAGCCGAACAAGGCCAACACGGGCUUCUACUACAUCGCAGGCAGGCAGAAGCCUCGGCUUGUGACGAAGAUUUUCAACAUCAGCGUCGACUGGUGCGAUCGGCGACCGCACCUCGAUGACCAGGAAAACUUCUGGGACUCUCUCGUGGUGAGCCGACAGAGGAAGAAGCGCAGUCCGGAGUACGUGGGCUGCUUCCAACACUGUGAGAGCACGGUCUGCGCGUCCGAGCCGCCCGAGCAGACCUUCACGUACUGCCUCAUGAACCCUUUUGAGAACGUCCUGGGCUGUGUCAACCCCGAGAUAGCCCUGAAAGAGCCGUUCCAGAUGAUAACGUACCAUGCCACCCACGUCUUCGGCAAGACUGCGAAGCAGCACAAGCUGCGGCGUGCGCAGCUCUGGGAUCCAUGCUGA